AUGUGUUCCUGCGAUAGAGGUUGGCAUGGGAAUUUCUGUACCGAGGUAAAUCAUUGUUCUACUCAGCCUUGUAAAUUUCAGACGGAAUCACAAAUAACUUAUCAGAAUAGAAGUAAAACAACUGGUUGCGAUAGUCUCUGUAAAAAUGCAGAUUUCUGUGACAUGUUAAACACUGGACUAAGAUGUGUAUGUAAAUUAGGAUGGAUUGGAGAUCGAUGUGAAGUACGAGAUCCGUGUUUUAAUGACCCAUGCAACAAUUCGGGAAUUUGUUUUGGAAAUUCUAACAGCUUUUUGUGUUAUUGUCCAGUUGGGUGGAAAGGAUCUGUUUGUGAAUUACCCGAUGACACCGUAGGACGUACAAUAUUGAAUCCUUGUAAAAACGGAGGUAAUGUUUUCUAUCAUAAUGAAAAUCUUAUUUGCUCUUGCCCUAAGGAAUGGACUGGUCAAAACUGUGAACAAGAUAAGAACGAAUGUAAAUAUGGCAUUAGUAUAAAUGAUACCAUAAUAACAGAGAUCUGUCGUAACAAUGGUCGCUGUAUAAAUAUUCCUGGAGGAUUUGUGUGUGCUUGUCACGACGGCUGGGCAGGAAAUAGAUGUGAAACUGACGUAAAUGAAUGCGAUUCUUCCCCUUGUCAAAAUAAAGGUAUAUGUAAAAAUAUCAAGGGAUCAUUCAAAUGCUAUUGUGAACCGGGUUGGAAAGGUUCCAUCUGCGAAAUCGACAUAGAUGAAUGUCAAUAUACCCCAUGUGGUAUACAUGGAAAAUGUAACAAUAGCGAUGGUAAUUUCUCUUGUAUUUGUGAUAACGGAUGGUCUGGAAAUAAAUGUGACCUACGUUUAGAUCCAUGUGACACAUCUCCAUGUCAUAAUAAUGCUACUUGUGUUAUAAAUGGAGAUGAAUAUGUAUGUCAAUGUUUAUCAAAUUGGAAAGGUAUACAUUGUGAUGAAGACGAAGAUGAGUGUAUAUUUCAUCCGUGUGAAAACAGUGGAGUCUGUGUAAAUUUACAGGGGAAUUAUUUUUGUAAUUGCACAGAAGAUUGGACUGGGAGACAUUGUGAGGAAAGGGUUGACUCUUGUCAAAGUAUCCCAUGUUUAAACGAUGGAACAUGCAUUGAUUCUCUUCCUGGAUAUAUAUGUAACUGUAAACAAGGAUGGACAGGAGAUAGAUGCCAAACAGACAUCAAUGAAUGUCUGUUGUCUCCAUGUAGUAAUAAUGGAACAUGCGUUAAUACUAACGGAUCUUUUCGUUGUGAUUGCACGGACUUCUGGGAGGGCAAGGACUGUUCUGUUGACAUUGAUGAGUGUAGUAAUAAUCCAUGUAAUUCAACUUACAAAUGUGUAAACACUAUCAGUGGUUACGAGUGUGCGAAUUGUACUACAAUGAUUUGCACAAAUAGUGGAUCAUGUAGUGAUACCUCUUCCGGGCCGAUAUGUCAUUGUGUACCUGGACGGAUUGGUGAACAUUGCGAGAAACAAGAUUUCUGUUUUAACAGUCCGUGUAACCCGUUAGAAAACUGUACGAACGAGGCAGAUGAUUACAAGUGCCAUUUUCACCCCUGUAAUAGUUCACCUUGUCAAAAUAAAGGGAUGUGUAUGGAAGAUAAUUCAGGGUAUUCCUGUCAGUGUAGACCUGGAUGGAGAGGAAAUCGUUGUCAGUACGUGGAUUUCUGUUAUUUAUCUCCGUGUUUCAAUAACGGAACGUGCUUAAAUCAUAACUUUGAUUACACGUGCAUCUGUACAGAGGAAUGGGAAGACAAAAAUUGCUCUGUUUACAACUAUUGUCAUACCGAUCCAUGUAUCAAUUCCGGUAUAUGUUUAAAUGGAAAUUCUCAAUUCACAUGUGUAUGUAACAACACUUACACUGGACAGACAUGCGAAACGUUCGAUUUUUGUUAUACUAGCCCAUGUAAAAAUGGUGGUUCGUGUAUCAACGGAUAUACAAACUUUUCAUGUAUUUGUGACAGAGGGUAUAUAGGAAAAACAUGCGAGACAGAAAUAGACUGGUGUGCAUCCUCACCUUGUCAUCACAACAGCACAUGCGUCAACAUUCAGUAUGGAUACUACUGCCAUUGUACUGGAGGCUGGGUUGGUCGCCAGUGUGAACAUGAUAUUGAUGAGUGUAUGUGGAGCACAUGUCCAAGCGGUUCAUACUGUCAAAACCAGUUUGGGGGAUAUAGAUGCCUUUGGAGAAAUAAACGAUCUGCAAGUGUGCAUUUGUUUAGAAAUAAAGCAGAACCAGUUUCGGUCAGAAUAGCACAACUUGGUGUGAUUGAACACAAGAUAAAUUCUGUUUUAACAUCUGUAAAGUGUCUCAUUCAAUGGUAUAUAUGCAGUGAUGGUGUAGCAAUGGUAAAGUCAUUAUCUCUUGAUGUAGACAGGGAAAACAGCAGUGCUAGUUACUCAUUUACAGCUUCAUGCAAAGGAUAUAUCUUGUCGGCUAAAGAUUUCAACGAGCACCUAAGGCUGGCUUUGACAUAUCCGACCACAAGUACAUGUUUGAAUGGUUUGAAUUAUAUCGAUAACGAAAACUUAUAAUUAAGCAAGAACGGUAUUUUAUCAAAAUUUGUUUAAUGCAUACU